CAUUUCAGUGUGCUCUGCUGCUCCCGAGGAAGCAAGGCCACUGAGGCACUGAGAAGCACUGUAAAUCAUGUCAGGAAAGAAGGUGGCUGUGCUGUGGCUGCUGGCUGUGCUGGGCUCCGUGUCUGGUGGGAAGGUGUUGGUCUGGCCAGUUGACAACAGCCACUGGCUCAACGUGGAAUUUAUCCUGCACGAACUUGUAGUCCGGGGCCAUGAGGUGACUGUGCUGCUGCCUUCGUGCUUCCUUAUCCUCAAUGGCACCGAGCCCUCACCUUUCCAGUUUGAGAUGGUCGAGGUGCCAAUCAGCAAAAGUGAGAUGGCUGCCACAAUGGAGGAAGGUUUCUAUUUUUGGUUCUACGAGGAGAGAAGGUUACCUUUCUGGCAAAGUGCUUACAAGAUGAUUGACGUGCUACGCAAGUUAGAGAAUGUAACCAGAAUCAUUUGUGAUGGAGUUGUGAAGAACAAGGUGCUUAUGGAAAGGCUGAGGGCAUCUGCCUUUGAUGUCCUCCUGGCAGACCCACUGAUGCCCAGCGGGGAGCUGUUUGCAGAGAAGCUGGGUAUCCCUUUGAUAUACACCAUCCGGUUCUCCAUGGGCAACACACUGGAGCGGCUCUGCGGGCAGCUCCCAUCUCCUCCUUCCUACGUGCCAGCCAGCCUAAGCUCCCUAACAGACAGGAUGACCUACACACAGAGGAUAAAAAACAUGUUCUCCUAUGCUCUGCAGGACCUCGCAUACCAUUACAUUCUCUGGAGACACUGGAAUCAAUACUACAGUGAUAUUUUAGGAAGGCCCACAACCCUGUGUGACACAAUGGGGAAAGCAGAGAUAUGGCUAAUCAGAACAUACUGGGAUUUUGAAUUUCCUCGCCCUUUCCUGCCCAACUUUGAGUUCGUUGGAGGACUUCACUGCCAGCCUGCAAAGCCACUGCCAAAGGAAAUUGAAGAAUUUGUUCAGAGUUCAGGGGAACAUGGCAUUGUGAUAUUUUCUCUCGGGUCAAUGGUCUACAACCUAACCAAGGAAAAAAGUGAUGUGAUUGCCAAAGCGCUCAGCCAGCUUCCACAAAAUGUUCUCUGGCGAUACAAAGGUAAAAAACCAGACGCCCUGGGCUCCAACACCAAGAUUUAUGACUGGAUACCCCAAAAUGACCUGCUCGGCCAUCCCUUGACAAAGGCCUUCAUUACUCAUGGUGGGACCAAUGGAAUCUAUGAAGCUAUUUACCAUGGAAUCCCAAUGGUUGGGAUUCCCAUGUUUGCUGACCAGCAUGACAACGUUGCUCACAUGAGGGCAAAAGGAGCUGCAGUUGAGCUGGAUUUCAGCACACUGACAACGCAGGAUCUAGUCGAUGCAGUGAAUACAGUCAUUAACAAUUCUACCUACAAGGAAAGUAUUUUAAAGUUAUCCAAGAUACAUCAUGACCAGCCAAUUAAGCCUCUGGAGAGAGCUGUCUUCUGGAUUGAAUUUGUCAUGCGUCACAAAGGAGCAAAGCACUUGAGACCAGCUGCUCACCAUCUUACCUGGUACCAGUACCACUGCCUGGAUGUUCUGGCAUUCUUGUUCACCUGUGCAGCCAUUGCUGGCUUCAUUCUUAUCAAGUGCUGCAUGUUUUGCUGUAGAAAAUGUAGUAGGGUCACCAAAAAAAAGAAAGAAUAGAUAUGUUGAUCCCAUCAGCAGUCUUUCUUCUCAUACACUGCUUCAGUAAAGCAUUUCUGCAUAUUCCUUGGUAAAUACAAUUAUUAAGAUAUGCUUUAAGUUACGCAUAUCAUGAAGCACCUCAUUCAACUGGGUUGUACUAAAAAAGCAGUUAGAGAGCUGCUUGCUAAGCCAGCAAAUCACUUUUGGCCUCUAUAACAUUGAAUUAUAGAUGUCUAAUCCCUUGGGAAGCUGUUAGCUGAUCACACAGUACUCUUAAAAUGGUAAUUGCUGCUCUAACUUCUCAAAUUUAGUUUGGCAAUCUUUUUAAAUUCAGCCCUUCUGUGGUCCUGCAAUUGGUUUUCUUAGCCUCUGUCCUCCCCCAUAAAGACACCUAUGCUUGGUGAUUCAAAACCGAAACACCUCUCCUGCCUAUAUACCUUUCCAGAUUGAACAGUGAAGCUCUUAAAAAAACACCCAACUGAAAGGCUAACAUCAUAAAAGACAGGGAGCUGCCAAAGUCUAAAGAAGAUUAUCUCAUCCCUUUCUACAAAUGCACUACUUAGUGUUACAUGGGAGAUCAGAGUUCAUCUGAGUCCUGAAACCAGUAGAGAAACUGCUUCCUUUCCUCAGGGAACCACUCCUUUUUCCCAUCCAGUAGGCUUGGAUUCCUACUGCACACAUCAUCAUUCCAAUUACACCACCACAAGUGUGUGAAAAUAACCUAUACGUAACAUGCUUGUGUUAACCACAAAUCCUCUGAGCCAUAGUAACUGACAAAUCACAAAAACCUUGAGGUAGAACAAAGUAGUCAUGUCACACAUGGGAACAACCCAAUAGUUACUUCUCUUGUCUGAAAAUACUGGUGGGAAAAUAAUGCUGCCUAUGGCUCAGACAGUGAUGUUAAAUCACUGUUGCACUACUGAAACUAUUUAAGGAUACCUUACUGAUGAAAACUGAUGCUAUUCAGGCCUCCUGCUGAAGGCGAGGCUAUUCGACUGUUAUGCCAGCAUACUUAAAGAAUCUGCCUUGAUUUUAACUGAUGUUUGUUGUAUUCUGGAUGUUGCAGAUUUGUUUUCAAACAGACUAAGAAAAAUUACCUUUGUUUACAUAAUAAAGUUCCCCUCAAUAUAUUAA